UUAAGUGAAGAAUGGGCGGGGCGCGGUGGUAAGGAGUACAGCUGCGUGAAGUGCUGACAGCUGGUGCCAGUGAGUGAGUGAGUGGGCAGGCGGUGCGGGCAGUGAGUCAGUGCAUGGACGAAGAGAAAGCGAACUGCUGGGUUUUGGCUUCGUGACAUAAGCCGAGCGAUGUACCUGCGCCACUGAAGGCUAGUUGCCCAUAUCUGUUUGAGAUGAAAUUUGAAACAAAUUAAAAUGAAGUCAGUGUGAAAGAAAUCUGCAGGUUUGAGUCUUCAUUUGCAAACUGCCAGCAACAGAAGAAUAAGCUAUGGAAUCUCCCCAUGUUCCUGUUGGAAAUUUAAUAGACCUUGAUUCAGAUCCCGUGAUUGUGGUACCAGCCUGUCCUAUCCAGUUGGACUCAGAUGGUCUCCUAGAGUUGCAUGGAGACAAUGCAGAGAGAGGGGACAGAGAUGAGGAAGAAGAGAGUGAUGCCACAGAAUCUGCAGACAGUGAGAACGACAUGAUGGGAUCUCCUAGCCGCCAUUGUUGGAACCAUUCACAAAGAUCUUCUUCUGAAUCCUUUUCAUCAAAUCAAAGUACAGAGUCUGCCCGAGAUGAGCUAAUGUCUGAACAGCGAGAAUUUGUGAGGAAAUAUGUUGAAAAAAUCUUUGAAGGAGGAGAAGACAUGGACCAGGAAGAAAAGGCCCGCUUUGGGGAGCUGUGCAGUACAGAGAAUGGCAAGGGAAGAGAAUGGUUUGCUCGAUUUGUCAGUGCCCAGCGUUGCAAUUCCAAGUGCGUCUCAGAACAAACCUUCUAUCGACUUGUCCAGUCUUUUGCUGUAGUGCUGUUUGAGUGCCACCAGAUGGAUGAUUUUGGGCCUGCCAAGAGCUUGAUGACUAUGUGCUUCACUUACUAUUAUACUGGUAGAGCACACGUUCCUCCCACAGAGUCAAGAGAGAAACCAGUGAGCACAGGGAGCAUUGAUGCAUAUCUGAAGUCUGCCAAUAGCUGGCUGGCUGAGAAAAAGGACAACGUGGAGCGGCUCUUGAGGACCACAUCAACCACAACAGAAAACAUGAAAGGAUUCUUUGGAGGGUUAGAAAGCAAACUGAAGGGACCACUUUCUAAAAAAAAUGACCAAAGUGAGAACCACACAAAAGAGAAGGCUUCUGAUAACAUAUCCCUUCAAAGUCCAGAGGAGAAGAAAGGAGAGAAGAUAUACCUUUAUACACACCUGAAGCAGCAGCCUAUCUGGCAUACCCUACGUUUCUGGAAUGCAGCAUUUUUUGACGCUGUACACUGUGAGAGGAGAAAGAGAUCACCCACUACUAGAGAUAAGUGGUCUCACAUGACUCAAGAAGAGCGGGAUGACAGUCUUCAGUUUAAUGAGAACAUAACCUUUGGGCAGCUUGGCACAUUCACACACAACAUGUUGGCCUUUGGGCUAAGCAAGAAAUUGUGUUAUGACUUUCUAAAGAAGCAAGCUGUGAUUGGAAAUCUGGAUGAAGAAAAAUUUAAGCAACUCACGGACCAUAUUGACCAAAUGGCUAUGGAGUAGCCCUGUAAAAGGGGCAACCUUCCCACCUAUUCCAGUAUUGAAACACUAAAAAGGAAGAGUGAACUUGCAAGAUGGGCAUCUUCCAGGCCUGUGUGCAGGGGGCACCUGCCUAUUUCAGUGGAACCAGAUAGAAAAAACUUGUACAGUAUAUAUUUUGCAAGAAAUAGUGUAAAAAUCUUUUGUCUACAUAUGGAAAUGAGAAUAUUUAUUGUAGGUAGUGUGUGUACUCACUGUAUAGUGGGGUGGGAAUGACAAUGUGAAACAGUGUUUGUGACAGAGAGAAGCGUUUGUUUAUUUUUGUAUAGCCAGAGAAGCUUUUUAAACUUGUUUCCUUGCCAAAUCAGCAUGUGUUGUAUUGCGGCAGCUUCUUACUAGAAGAGAAACUGAUCGUGAAAUAAUAAUACAUUUGUCUUGAUAAUUGUGCUGAUGGGGAAUAAUUGUGUUAUUUUUAUGUGCAUAGAUGUUUUAUGCAAUAAGUGAUUCGGUGGGUUAAAAAAAAAAAAACAACAAACUACAAAUAUGUGUGUUUCAUAUAAAAGUGGCUCUGUCUGAUUUAAAAAAAAAAAAAAAAAAGUAUAUAUAUAUAUUAAAAAAAUAAUAUAUUACAAGACAGUGGAUAUGCAGAGAAGGCAUACAGUUAUAUUAGAAAAAUAUGUUCUGGAAUUAAGGGGAUAGUGCAAGUAUAUGAGCACUGUCUGAUUAGGAUUAUCCAGUUUUCCUGGUUACCACGGUAAGGGACAAUGGAAAAACACCUCUUAUACCCAGCAUACUAAAGAAACUUGGUUCUGAGCGAGUCAAGGUCUGUUUGAUAUCAUUGAAGCUUAUUGCUAUUGAUGCUGACAUUGUCUUUGUCUCCAUAGGUAUUAAAAGGAUUAUCAGGCUUUUGCAAUAGAAAAAAGUAGCUCUGCUGUUCAGUUAGGAUGUUGAAUAAUACUAUUUACUCUAAGCAAAGGUUGGAGUGUAGCCUUAGUGGGGAACUACUACCAACUGUCCAACUAUAUGCUUGUUCUCUGGUCAUGUAAGCCUAAUAAACUAACCUUGUAUCCAUCUUACUAGCCAUGACAGAGACCUCAGAAAGUCACUUACAGACCAAAGCUCAUAGGUUUAUUUACCAUGUACAUGAGCAGCACCACUCCCACAUAGCCACGUUCAUCAACUUGCAUUGUUAUUGUUGUGCUAUAAUUCAGUGCUGUCAUUUUGUUCUGUGUUGUGUAAUACUUUGGGGCCACAUUUUAUCUUCUUGAUUUGUAAAACAAGAGUAUUACUACUGAGUUAUUUUGUGCGUCUUUUUGAAACAGUUAGUUUGUAUUUUUGUACCUCAAGCAGUAAGCAGUUGGUUUUAUAGCAUGCAGCUGUUCUGUUUGUGUAACCAGCAUCGCUAUUGUUUGUACAUAACAUGUACAGAUCUGUAAGCACCAGAGCUCUGCUUCCACACUUUCUGUGUUUCUGCGGAUUUUGUAGCUUUUUUUUUUUUUAGGACUGUUCAUUGGAUGUAAAACAUAUUUUACAUUUAUUAAAUCCAUGCUAAUGCAGUCUUUUUGCAACUUUUAUUUAUUUUUUUUUCUGCAUGAAUUACUAUAGAUUUGUUUAAAAUUGUGAAUAACCCCUAAUAAGCAAACCAACCAGGUUCCAUACCUGCCAAAGGGGACAAAUUAGUCUGCACUUACAAUAUACCUUCACUACUACUCAUAUACAUCUCAAUCUUCCCAAAACCCUGCCUAUAUUCUAAUAAUCCCCACCUUUUUAAGGGGCCAUAUUUAGGGACCAUGCCACCUAAAUUUGGACAAAUAGGAGGUAUCAUGUUGUCAUUGCUUGGGGCUCUCCCUUGAAUAUUACUUUAUCAGCAGCACCUUUUCACAACUAUUAGAGGUGCUUUUCUAUAGAUGAGAAUGCCCCACCAAGGAUAGUUCUCUUGCAUAUGUAAUGGCAAAUGCCUUGCUCUCUUCCUGCCUAUUUAAAUGAAUAUAAAGGAAAUAUAAAAUAUACAUGUAAAACAUAGCAAGCUGAGGUACUUUCAUUGAAAGGGGCAUGCUUUAAUACCCUGCUAUACUGAAAGGUUGUUACUACAGUGGGUAAGUCUGUGUUUAAAUCUGAUAUUGUUAUUCUGGACUUGUAUUUAGUUAUAUAAAGUUUGCAUAACAUUCAGGGGUGUAUCUAGCAACUCUUUGGCUCUGAUGCAAAAUUCAGUGCAUCCUCAUCAGUUUCAAAACCCUAAGCUCCCAAUGACAAAUGUUUUUUUUACACUCCCUAUCUAUCCACCAAUAUUCCUCCAUACCUGUAUGUUGGAAUUAAGCACUGGGCCCUUUACUGUGCAGUAUUUUAUUUCUGUAGUUAAAGAUCUGAUAUAUGCCCAUGUGGCCCCAUUAGUUCCCAGGGGGCCAAUUACAGUUGAAAUCUGUACCACCUUUAGCUGCCUUCCUGAUACUAUUCUGUAUUUUGUAUGCGUGUCUAUAGGUGGCUGCCAGAAAGGGUGGCAGCCCUAAUAUUAACUGUGGCUGAUAUACCCUGAGAACAAUGUAGUUCAUUUGCCAAUGCUUUGUAUGUGUUGCACCUAAUUGUUUAUUUUACAUGGGCAAUAAAUAAAUGCAAAACAGAAUGCUCCUUCUAUACAGAGUCUGUUGAAUAUUUGUGGACAUUGAUGGCCCCUGUGUUUUGCACUUACUGUAUUUGUUGUAUUCCCCCUGGAGUAUAAAAGACAUAAUGUGAAAGCAGGCAGAAUUAAGAUUAAUGUUUUGUAUUAUGUAUAAUCUGGCACACACAACAGUGUGAAAAAAUAAAUAAUUGUCCAACCA